AUGAUGCUGGUAACACUUUACGUGCUAGCUAGCUUGCUAUGCUAUCCGGUCACAGCUGAUACCUCCGUCGCCGAUACAGGUGAAGUGGAAAACAUAAAUGAAAUUGCAGAUGCUGAAAUCGACGCAGUGACAAUCGUAGAUGAUCAGGCGAAGAGUGACGAGUUUAAGCAGGAUAAUUUCAAUUUCGAUUCAAAUAUAAAAACUGACGAUGUAGGCGAUAAAACGUCGAUUACAGACGACGAUACAGUUCCUAUUAACAACGAUGACACUGCAAAUGUUAACAACGAUGAUCUUCUAUCCAAUAACAAUCAAAAUGAGGACAAUAGAGCUUCUAACAACGACGAUGCUAACACUUCCAUUAGCGAUAACAAUAGCAGAGUUGACAACGAUGAUAACACUGAUGACAAUAAUGACGAUGCCACUGAUAGCAGUAGUCCCAACGACAACGAUGAUGAUGAUGUUGAUACCAGUGAUGAUAACGACAACGAUGAUAACACUGAUAGCAGUGAUGAUAACGACAACGAUGAUAACACUGAUAGCAGUGAUGAUAACGACAACGAUGAUAACAUUGAUAGCAGUGAUGAUAACGACAACGAUGAUGCCAGUGAUAGCAGUGAUGAUAACGACAACGAUGAUGAUGAUGAUGAUGUUGAUAGCAGUGAUGAUAACGACAACGAUGAUAACAUUGAUAGCAGUGAUGAUAACGACAACGAUGAUAACAUUGAUAGCAGUGAUGAUAACGACAACGAUGAUAACAUUGAUAGCAGUGAUGAUAACGACAAAGAUGAUGACAAUGAUAGCAGUGAUGAUAACGACAACGAUGAUGACAAUGAUAGCAGUGAUGAUAACGACAACGAUGAUACCAGUGAUAGCGAUAAUGAUGGUUUUGAUAGCAGCGACUCAAACGACAAUGAUGAUGAUACUGAUAGCAGUGACGAUGACGACAACGAUGAUGACAGUGAUAACGAUGAUACUGAUAGCAGUGAUUCUAAUGAUGAUAACACUGAUAGCAGUGACGAUGACGACAACGAUGAUGAAAGUGAUAACGACGAUGACUCUGAUAGCAUUGAUUCUAAUGAUGAUAAUACUGAUAGCAGUGACGAUGACGACAACGAUGAUGACAGUGAUAGCGAUGAUAAAAACGAAAACGACGACAAUUCUGAUAGAAGCGACUCAAACGACAAUGAUGAUGAUACUGAUAGCAGUGAUGAUGACGACACCGAUGAUGAAAGCGAUAACGAUGAUGAUAACGAAAACGACGAUGAUUCUGAUAGCAGUGAUUCUAAUGAUGAUAAUACUGAUAGCAGUGACGAUGACGACAACGACAAUGAUUCUGAUAGCAGUGACUCUAAUGAUGAUAAUACUGAUAGCAGUGACGAUGACGACAACGAUGACGAAAGUGAUAACGAUGAUGAUAACGGCAAACGACGAUGA